AGAGAUGCAGCAGUUCAGAUAUAAAUACGAUAUAUACGAGAUAUACAAAUAGAUAUAUUAUAUAAGUAUGCAAUGUUGUUGUAUGUAUAGUGCACAAGUAUAUGCACAGAUGAGACGUUUAUAUCUUCAGGUAAGAUCUGCAACUCCGAACUGUUCUCCUAUUUUCUUCGCAAUCUCUUUCUCUCUAAAAAUUAAUAUCAUGAGUGUAAUGGAACCGGAGAAAACAGAGAUCAUUUUGAAAAAUCAUUUAAAAAGACAUGAAUUAUUGUCCGUUGGAUCACAAGCCUGGACUGUCGGUUAUUCAACUUUCGAUGGCCGUGGACUUUUCGCAAAACGUGAUAUCGAAGCAGGAGAAUUGAUAUUUGUGGAUUAUGCUCUUUUAUUAUCACCGCGAAAUUCCGAAAAACAUUUACCAUUAUGCGUAUCUUGUUACAAAGACAAAUGUCCUCUUUUUUCGUGCGAUCGUGGAUGCGGUCUUCCUGUAUGCUCUCAAACAUGCGAAGAUUCAAAGAUACACGUGGAAGGCGAGUGUGAAUAUUUGAGAAAAUUAAAACCAACUUGUGGUUCAAAUUGGUCUAUGGGUUUAUUGCGUGGACUUUUGGCAGUACGAGCAAUUACACUUGAUGAUGAACAACGCGAUGUUUUGGCUGCACUCCAAUGUCAUCAGAACUUGAAGAGUGAUCGUGAGGUCACAUUACUUCGGAACAACGUUAAAAAUGCUCCAGAACCUAAAGAAAUUGAUCUCAUGAUGUUGGUCAGUGGAAUUUUUAAUACAAAUUCAUUCGAAACUUUUGUCGUGCAAGAUAAAGAUCAUCAUACGAGUUUGCGUGGGCUUUAUCCUAUGGGAGCAUUAAUAAAUCAUGCUUGUGUACCUAACACAAGGCACCAUUACGAUUCACAGCAACGACUUUAUGUCAUAGCUGUCCGUCCCAUUUCCGCAGGGGAAGAAAUUACGAUGACUUAUAUUGAUCUUUUGUGGGAUACCAUUUUAAGAAGACAAGUUCUAAGCAUUACUAAGAAUUUUUCUUGCAGAUGUAAACGAUGCAGCGAUCCUACGGAAUGUGGAUCAUUAUUAGGUGCAUUAUAUUGUGCAGCUGAAAAUUGUUCCGGUAUUUUAUUACCUCGUGAUCCUCUUAAUAAUGAAUCUGUUUGGACUUGUAAUAAAUGCCAAAUUGACAUUAAAUCAAGACAAAUUAAUUCGAUACGUUCUGGUUUAUCAUCGAUAUUACAUAAAUAUAUAUCGAAACCUCCCCGAAAAUUAUUAAACUGCUUACAAACAGAACUUUCGAUCUUAAUUCCACCAUCUAAUUAUCUGAUAGCAGAUAUAAAGUAUACUAUCAUUUCUUAUUUCGGUAAAAUUGAGGAUCUUCAAUGGGCAGAUUUAUCAGAUGAUGAAUUAGCAAUUAAAGCUUCCUUCUGCGAAGACUUGUUAUCAAUUUUAAAUACCUUGGGCUCUGGACAAUGUAGAAGAAGAGGCUUAAUUCUCUAUGAAUUGUACUGUACCAUCAAAGAACAAUUACGGCGGCUUCAAGGAAAAAGCAAUUUUAAAGAAGAAAGCUUGAUACUUCUGAAAAAGAUGAACAUCAAAGAUAAUGAAUCACUUUUAAAUGAAGUAAUUAAUAUUUUUCAAAAUGACACUGUGGCAUCAACUUUCCUGAAUGGCAAUUUAUGAUAUUGGUAUAUUGAAAAAUG